UCACACAAAUCGUUCAUUAUCAAACGGAAAUUGGCUAAAAAGAUGAAGCAAAACAGGCCAGUCCCUCAGUGGAUCCGAUUAAGAACUAAUAACAAAAUUCGCUACAACACGAAGCGAAGACAUUGGCGCCGUACCAAAUUAGGAUUGUAA